AUGUUAAGGCUGGAGGCGCGACUCCUGGAGUUCCCUCCAGGCUUCAAGUUCGGAGCGGCCACCGCGGCCUACCAGAUCGAAGGCGCUUGGAAUGCCAGUGACAAAGCAGUGAGCAUAUGGGAUGAGUUGAUACACAAGCACCGGGACCGCGUGGUAGAUGGUAGCGACGGCGACGUGGCCUGUGACUCCUACCACCAAUGGAAGAGAGACGUGGAGAUGGCUGCAGAGCUGGGCUUAGAUACCUACAGGUUCUCCCUGUCCUGGACUCGCCUUCUGCCCAUAGGCUUCGCGCACGUAGUCAGCGAGGAUGGGAAGGCGUACUACAGCAAGCUUAUUGACGCGCUAUUGGCGAAGGGCAUCGAACCCGUGGUCACAUUGUACCAUUUCGACCUCCCGCAAAAAUUUCAGGACUUGGGAGGCUGGGCCAAUCCUCUCGUCGCCAACUGGUUUGCUGCUUAUGCCAGGGUGGCUUUCAGCCUCUACGCCGACCGGGUUAAGACCUGGAUCACCGUCAACGAGCCCAUUGCCGUCUGUGAUAGCUCCUAUAAUGGCUACAUGGCUCCGGACAUAAAAGAUGAGGAUGUGGGGAUGUAUCUAUGCAACAAGAACAUACUGAUGGCACAUGCGAAGGCUUGGAGAAUUUAUGAUGAGGAAUUCAGGCCUAAGUAUAAAGGGCAAAUAUCAUUCAUCAACCAUUUGGUGUGGUUCGAACCCGCUGGUAAAGCCGAGGAGGAGGUGACCGCUCUUGCCAUGGAAUAUAUCGCAAGUCGGUACUGCCAUCCCAUCUUCUCUGAAGAAGGAGGCUGGCCUCCAGCUUUGGAGACGUACCUCUUCACAAAGAGCAUCAAGGAGGGCUACAAGAGGUCCCGACUGCCGGCUUUCACGAGCGAGGAGAUAGAACUUAUUCGAGGAACAUACGACUUCUACGCCCUGAACCACUACACCAGCAAGGUGGUUCGUUUUGCUAGAUCUGGGGAGAAGGUGGGCGGCUGGCCUUUGGACGGCUCCGCAGAACUGGGCAUCGUCCUUGAGGCUCGCCCUAACUGGAAACCUACCAGCUGCUGGUGGAUAAAGCAACAUCCAGAAGGCUUCCGCAACGUUCUGGUAUGGCUGAAGGAGCAGUACGGAGACCAGAAGUUCCUGGUGACCGAGAUUGGCUACCCUUCGAAAGGAAGCAACCUGGACGACACUGAGCGAGUGCAGUACUUCCAAGACUACUUGACUCAGAUGCUGUUAGCCAUCCAAAUAGACAAAGUGAACGUCAUUGGUUUCUCAGCCUGGUCUCUAAUGGACAACUUCGAAUGGAUGGACGGUUACAGCACGAAAGCCCGCGCUCUCCCAGACUUUCAGCUGCGUUCUACUCUGACGUCAUCAAAAAGCGCUCUAUUUUUUUUGAAGAUAGCUCUGCUUACGUCACUUGGAUAG